AUGCUUUUAAAGCCCAAUAUUCAAUGGCCACUUCAUUGCAAACACAAGGCAGCUUUUUUAAAUUAUCAACGCGUGCAGAAGACGCCUUUUGCAAGAGAAACCACAACAAACAGAGUUCUGUUAAGUAAUAGGGUAAGAGACGGAGCAAGCUGGUUGCAGCUGGAAGAUCUACCUAUCUCAUAUAUUAUGGAGUUUGAUCUAUUUAAUGGAUUGAACCCACGGCAGUAUGAGGCUGUUACUUUCGAUCCUACAAAGGCAUUACAGAUUGUUGCUGGUCCAGGCACCGGUAAAACAAAGGUGCUAACAACUAGGUAUGUCUACCUAAUUGCAUUUAAAAACAUCAACCCCCUUUCAAUUAUUAUGACAACAUUUACGAAGAAAGCUGCGGAUGAAAUUAAGGCUAGAGUGGAACCUAUUCUUCGAAAGUGCGGCUAUGAUACCAACAAAUUGUUAAUUGGUACUUUUCACUCAAUUUGCAACAAUCUUUUACAUCAAUAUGGCCAUUUAAUCGAUUUACCUAAUCAUUGGAGGGUAUUUGCGAGCUCAGAAGUCGAUCCUAUUGUUAAAAAGUUGGUUGAAGAGUGCCCAGAUCAGAUCCGUGAUUAUGCUCUUUCUUAUCGUGCAAACAAGGUCAACUUAUGCCUGCCGAAUCGCAAAUCUGAAUGGGCAUUAGCUGAGAAACAGAUUAUUAAAAAUAUCUCCCGCCUAAAAGCAGAAGCUUUAAGCCCAGAAGCAUACAAGAACCUUGAUUCACACGAUGAAGCUCUUUAUUAUUUUUACAAUGCUUAUCAGGUAGAGAUGUUAAGACAGGGGGGGCUUGACUAUGAUGAUCUGUUAUUUUACUCAUAUAAACUUCUAUCGAAGAACAGAUGCUGGAACCAUAUUAAGCAUGUAAUGGUUGAUGAAUUCCAAGACACCAACAACAUUCAGUUAGAACUAAUGUAUCUAUUAUCAAGAGGAAAACAUCAAUCUUGCGAAGGAGUCACUGCGGUUGGAGAUCCAGACCAAAGUAUCUAUGCAUUUCGUUCAGCAUUGGCCCGAAAUUUUGAUGAGAUGAUCCAAAAAUGUCCUAUUGAAUAUGGUCAAGUUGUUUUGGAAGAAAACUAUAGAUCGACUCAAAAUAUCCUUGAUACUUCAGAAUAUGUCAUAAAGCAACAGUCAGAUGGAAGAAAUCAAAGACUGCCACUACGUGCACAGUUUUCAUAUGAUAUCAAACCGGUUUAUAUGAAGUUUCCUGAUGGGUUUUUAGAAGGGCCUACAAUUUGUAAAGAGAUCCUAUAUUUGAAGGCCAUCCCAGAUUUGUUUUCCUUCAACGAUAUUGCAAUCUUAGUUCGACAGAGGAGACAAAUAAAAGCAAUUGAACGGGCAUUAAUUGACCAUAGAAUCCCAUACAAAAUUAUCAAGUCCGUUUCAUUUUGGGAACGAAGAGAGACAAAAGCAAUGCUGGACUUGCUUAAAGUGGUAUGCUCAGAUUUAGACAGAUAUGCAAUUAUCAGAUCUUUACAGUACCCCUCUAAAGGCCUCGGUGAUGUAAGUAUUGCAAAAAUUGAAAAGUUAUUUGAUGAAGAGUUAGAUAAGCCCGCAUUUGUAGUCUUGAAAGAACUUGCGGAUGGCCUGAAAGAUCAUAAAUUCCCCGCUAAAGGUAAAGUUUCAAUAAAGAAUUUUGUUUCUCUCAUUGAAACCGCUAGGAAGUUAUGUGAUGAAAACCCAAAAAUGUCUACUAGGGAUGAGUUAUUUGAGUAUUUGUAUGAUGCAUCAGGCAUGAAGAAUGAGUUUCUUUUUGAGGACGAUAAGGCUGAUAGAAAAGCCAAAGCUCUUGAAGAAUGUGAGCCUAACAAAUACAAUAAACGCCACAAGAAUAUCGAACUUGUUAAAUCUCACUUUUUGGGGUUUCACCCAGACGAAAUGGAUCCGAAGUAUAGGAUUGAGAUGAAUCCGGAUACAAAUCAACCGUGUAUCGUAAACGAUGCACCUGUUAUAAAACAAGAUGGAGAAGGAUUGGAGAAUUUAAGCAAAUACUUUAAUUCUAAGCUUAAACCAUUAACAGGGAAAUUUGAUACAAGCUGUGGAGAAAGGGUGGCAAAUAAUGAUGCAAAACAGGAAAAUGAGAACCCAAGAAUAGAUAUCUACAAAUUUCUACGUCAAUUUAUUGAGUUCAUAAACUUGUACACUACAAACGAAGCUUUAGACCCAUCUUGCUUAACUGAAGAUCAGGUUGCUGCUAAGAAACAAAGAGAUAAAAAUGGAAUACUUACUGUCACAACCAUUCAUGGCUCUAAAGGUCUUGAGUGGCCAAUUGUUUUUGUACCAGGUUGUGUUGAAGGUAUAAUUCCCUGUGUUUAUGCAAAUUCAAGAGAUGAUGACUCUGAAGAGGAAAAUGACGUCGAGGAUGCUAAGGAUACAGAAGAUCUUCAAAAUUCGAAUGAUAAUAGCCCCAAAAAAGGGAAGCAGUCGAAAGCUUCAGAAAGUAUUGAUGAGGAGCGUCGUAUGUUUUUUGUAGCACUAACUAGAGCAAAAUUCCUACUUUAUGUUAGCGCUAUAGAGAAUAACGAGCGAGUUCCAAUUAUUCCUAGCCAAUUUUUAACACCUGAAGUUAUGCGAACGUUGACUGGAUCACAACAGUUAUUUGAUAAAGUGGAUUAUAUUGAUUCUUUGUAUGAAGCGAUGCAUAAAGAACCAAAAAGGACUCCAAGUUUUUGUCUCGAAAGGUUGCUGGAAGAUUAUCAUAACUUUGUAGCUGCUAAUCGUGAGUUCUUGAUAUGGAAAAAGGAGAAGAUAUUACAUGUAAAUACUAUUGACUUCGGUGAAAAUAUUCAAACCGAACGUUUUAACAUGGGAAUCACCACUGCAUCAAAACAAUUAAAAAGAAGUGAAAAAAUGCUAUUUGGUCAAGACUUGAAUCCAUGUUCACGACAAUCUGCAAAUUAUGCUCCCACAAUAUCUAGGAAACCCAGUAAUACAAUUACCAGGAAGCAAUUUGCUCCACCUCCAACCUUAUCUCAAAGGGCCCCAAACACCACUGGAAAAACGUUUGCACCAAAGCCUAAUGAACAUCUGAAGCCGCCAACUGAAAAUCCUAAGGAAUCUGUAAGACGUCAUAAAUACGUUAAAAUUAGGAGUAAUACACUCGAAGAUGUCGUUAUUGCAAGUGAAUGCCCGCAAAUAACAGGCGUUAAAGAAAGGGUACGCUCUGGGAUGUUAUCCCCUUCUAAGUCGCAGCAUCGAAUUGUAGCAGAAGAAAUAAGAUUAGAAGAUCUGUCUGAUGAGGAUCAGUGCGGUGAGGUGAACAUCAAGAGAGAUGAAGUCACCGCUGCUGAGCUACUACACAAUCCAAAUGAUUUAGAAGUAGACAACAGGCCUAUCUUGACAAAUGCCAAAGUUUUAGCAGAUGCUAGUAGAAUUGAAAUUUCCAAAAAAUUAAAUGGCGGUACAAAACGGAAUAGAAAUAGGAAAAAGAUUAAAAAAGAGUCUGAGAACGAUAAUGAUAUAUUGAUGAGACUUAAAAGGGCCCGGAAGGCAACGCCUACAAUUAGCGAUGAGGUAAUUGUUUUAGAUUAG